AUGCUGCAGCAAAUUUUGCAAGAUUUGUACAUCGAUCCUGAGCUUUUGGCUGAACUGAAUGAAGAACAGAAACACAUCCUCUUUUACAAGAUGAGGGAAGAGCAGGUCCGGCAAUGGAAGGAAAGAGAGGAAGAAUGCAAAGAGGGAGAGGUUGGUCUGAAGAGGACAAGGAGAUUCCAACAGAGUAACCAGAAACAUGUACAGUGGCUUCAGGGAGCUGAUGGCAAGGUCUGGGUUUGGAUUAUGGGAGAGGCUCCUGGAGACAAGCCAUAUGAACAGAUUUCGGAGGAGCUUCUUGCAGAAAGAGCCAGACAGCAAGCCCAGAAGGAAGCCGAAGAACUAUGGAAACAAAAAGAAGCUGAAAUUACGAAGAAGUUCCGGGAUGCCAUGGCUAAGGAGAAAGCUCGAAUAGUGGCAGAGAAAUGGAAAGUAGAGGCAGAAGAUCGCAAAGCAGCCAAAUUGAUGGAGGAGGAGAAAAUCCAGGAGGAAUUAAAGAGAAGAGAAGAAGAAGAAAUGCAAAGAGGAGAGGAGCAGAUUCGAAAGCAGGAGGAACUCAGAGCUCAGGAACUGUACAUGAGUCUCAAAGAGGCCCACCAAUGCAGCAAAUGCAGUGAAAAGGAAGACCAUGAAUGGAAAGAACAGUUACGUCGUUCCAAAGCUGCAGAUGAAGAAAGAAGCCAUAAGGCUCGCCAAGCUCGUGAUGAGUAUCAACGGCAAUCCUUGCGGGCCAUCCCUAGAGGGAAAGUGGCUAGUCUAAGUAACCUGUUCCAGGCUGCCGGUCUGAAUAUUGAGCAAGAAACCAAGCUGACUGACUCUUGUACCAUUCCCUCCUUGACUGUGGCGACACCCAUCAGCAAAGCUUGCGAAUGGCCCCGGAGGCCUCUGUCCAAGGAAGCCAUAAUUCAGUGGUUCAAAGAGGAACAACUUCCACGGCGUGCCGGUUUGGAAAGGAACUCUAAUGCUAUUGCGCCUUGGUUUCAUGGUAUAAUUACUCGACAAGAGGCAGAAGAACUGUUGAUGAACAAGUCUGAAGGGACAUUCUUAGUGCGGGUCAGUGAUAAAAUCUGGGGAUAUGCCCUGUCUUACCGGCAUCGGAAUGGUUUCAGACAUUUCUUGGUGGAUGCGUCUGGAGAUUUCUACAGCUUCCUGGGAGUGGAUCCCAACCGUCAUGCAACCCUCACAGAUCUUAUUGAUUUCCACAAGGAAGAAAUAAUAACAUCUUCUGGUGGAGAGUUGCUUCUGGAACCUUGCAGACAGACGAAGAGUACUCCUGACUAUAAUUUGUUAUUUGAAUGA